AGCUUGGUGCGAUACUGCGCAGCACUCGAGUGCAAGGGAGCUGCACACGACUUCAUCUCUAUGAUCACACUUAUACAACUGGUGUAUAAGUGCGCAAGUAUUUCCGAUCCAGGCAAGGUCAACAUCGCAAAGAUAUGGAGGGUUCACGUUUCACACAUAAUGAACCCCCCCUCCAAACGUACAUUUCAAGCGUGGCAUGCGUUGGGUACGAGGUUUGCAAAGGUAGCUGAAGGAGGAACUGUUUACGCUCUUAUGUUGAUUGCUAUCAAAGGUCUUCGUGUACGUCUUGCAGAAGCUGAGGGUUCCAUUGGUGAGGAGAUGGGCAACAUUCUGAGAAGACCAAACACAAACACACAAGUCGGACGAGUGGUACGAAACACGCUCAUACCCUUGGUGGCUCUGCUGAGGGUGGAGUGUCCGUUGUACCUAUCGGCCCUGUUCGAUCGGGAUACUGUCGUAUUGCAAGGACUGACACUGGACUCGAUCUGCGGUGACCUUGACAGUUCUGAUAGAUUAUUCAAGGUCAUUGCAUCCAACUCCUUUGCGCUCUUACCUCGAGAUACUAUUGCCUGGGCGUCGUGCACCGGCAUCAUAGAGAUCUCCCCAAGUUCCCUCACGUUCAAUGCAGGUCCCUCUGAUCAAAGGUCGCAAGAGACCUGCGUUACCGUCGAUCAAAGAGAGUUGUCGCCAUUGACCCCAUUGUCAUCCGAUCUCGAACUAGAGUCAUUCGAUCUCGAUCAAGACGCAUUCGAACCAGAUCAUACAUCUAUCCCACCAACCUCUACCAAUUGUACACCAGUGAUCACAACGACGUACGAUGUCUUUCACGAGCGUAAUCAACGCUUUACUGCGUCAAGAGACAGACAAGAGAACACCGUUUGGACGGAGCGUAGACGUGAUUUAGCUGGGAGAGCGAGUGUUCCAACAACACGUCAAGCUCUGGAGCUAGAGCUACAGAGUAUGUACUCUGAUGGCACUCGAUCGAAUGGCAAGCACUACGUUAAGAUAGAGCAAAAUAUCUUCGAGGAUGGUCUUAUUAUUGAGGACGUCAACUCAAACACCAUUGUUGGCAUUUGUGCAUCAAUGCCGAACAACAUGCGCGAGAACUUGACUGAUCAUCUCACCUCCUGUUUUCCCUUCGACCCGCUGAAGGCGAUUCGCACUGCGUCUACUGCUGGUGAUAUAACAUUCGAGGUACUGCACUUCUCGUGGUACAAUCGCCAUUGUACACAGGGCAACUCUGCCCCUACAGAUGUGCCUCCCUUCAUGCUAGGUCGACCGAAUGGUCUCAGAAUAAAUUACGCGCAAAUGUUGCCGUACAUGUCCAAGGAUAUGACGCAACACGAAGAUAUAUAUCACUCGUUGAGAAAUGUGCUGGGCGACGUCUUUGAGUGGCUCGACUACAAGCUAGGAAUGAUGUUUCCGAACUUCUACACCACACUUGAGAAGUUCGUGGAAAUAUUGCCGGGCAACAACAUGCCGUUAUCUGCUCCGUUCCUCGGUCUUGUGGUGAAUUUGAACGUCGUCACUCAAGCACAC